CUUUUUCUCCUCCCCUUCCCGGCCGCUUCCAGGGGAAGGGACGCGGGGCCUGGAGCGCGGACAUCGCCCGCCGCCAUGCAGAUCACGCUCAAGACCCUCCAACAGCAAACCUUCCGCAUCGACAUCGACCCCGAGGAGACGGUAAAGGCACUGAAAGAGAAGAUUGAAUCAGAAAGAGGAAAAGAUGCCUUUCCAAUAGCUGGCCAAAAACUAAUUUAUGCAGGUAAAAUCCUUAAUGAUGAGACUGCUCUUAAAGAAUACAAAAUAGAUGAGAAGAACUUUGUGGUGGUUAUGGUGACAAAACCCAAAGCAGCAACUGGAGUCACUCAGCAAUCAAAUGCCACCUCCACUGUUGGCUCAACAACUGCAGCUCCCACACCAGCCCCUGCUCCUGCCCCUGUGCCAGCCCCUGUCUUUCCACCACCAGCACCAGAUGAGGCUGUCUGUGAAUCUGCACCUGUGAGUGCCCCUCGAGAAGAGAAGUCAGAAGAAAAACCACCUGAGGCAGCAGCUGCUGUUAGUCCAUCAUCAACUGACAGUCCAACAGGUGAUACAUCUCGAUCAAAUCUUUUUGAGGAUGCUAUAAGUGCACUUGUGACAGGUCAGUCUUAUGAGAAUAUGGUGACUGAGAUCAUGUCAAUGGGCUACGAACGAGAGCAAGUGAUUGCGGCACUGAGGGCCAGCUUCAACAACCCUGACAGAGCGGUGGAAUACCUCUUGAUGGGUAUACCUGGAGAUAAUCAGGCUGUGGCUGAACCGCCUCAAACACCAAGCAGUGGUGCCUCUCAGUCUUCAGCAGUGGCAGCAGCAGUAGCAACUAUACCAACGACUACUAGCUCAUUAGGAGGACAUCCCCUUGAGUUUUUACGAAAUCAGCCUCAGUUCCAGCAGAUGAGACAAAUUAUCCAGCAAAAUCCUUCUCUGCUACCGGCAUUGCUGCAGCAGAUUGGACGGGAAAACCCUCAACUACUGCAGCAAAUAAGCCAGCACCAGGAACACUUUAUUCAUAUGCUGAACGAGCCAGUUCUAGAGUCUCGCCAAGGCUUAAGUGGGAGUGAUGAUGGUGCCAGCACUGGAGAAGUAGCAGAUGCUGGAAAUGGUCAUAUGAACUACAUUCAAGUAACACCACAGGAAAAAGAAGCUAUAGAAAGGUUAAAGGCAUUAGGGUUCCCUGAAGGACUUGUGAUACAGGCAUAUUUUGCUUGUGAGAAGAACGAAAACUUGGCUGCCAACUUUCUUCUACAACAGAACUUCGACGAGGAUUGAGAGAACUUAUUUCUAUUUCACACCUCACACCAGUGCAUUACACUAACUUUGUUCACUGGAUUGUCUGGGAUACUUGGGCUUAUAUUCAUAAUGCUUGGUGUAAUGGUAAUAGGGGGUGGGUGGAAGGGAGAACAUAGGAAACAAAGCAAAGGAAGCAACAAGUAUGUCUGCUUUAAAUUAGCAGAUGCAGAAAAUCGCACAGUGUAAAAAUAAAAACCAAACCAAAAAUCAGCUUCUGCAGAUAAUUAGUUCCUUCUGUAAACUGUAGCUUAACUUUUUCUAGAUUUUUCACUCUUAUUGUACUAGUUCCAGACAUGUAGUGUAAUGCACUGCUUCAUGUUCAUUUCCACUUAGCACUGGUAUUGGAAGUAGAUUGUGCUACGUAGAUCCUGCAGUCUGUAUUUCAUGGCAACACUGGGGAGCAGCUUUGUGAAAUCUUAGAAGAUCUGAGCAUGUAUAAUCCUGAAUGCCAAAUAAGGAUAUUUGGAGUUCUCUUUUCAGCUGUUUGAAAGUAGUGCAAGAAGCACAGUAUUUUUGUCUAAUGCUGAGUUAAAACAGUGUUGGCUUUUUUCCCAAAUGAAAACCCAUUUCAGUAAAAAGUGUCUUGAUUACUGAGAAACUCUGCCCCCUUCUUUGUCCCUCUCAAAUGAUCUGAGAAGCUGUAUACAUACAGAUAAAAUUAUUAUCCUGUUUACAUAUUUUCUUUUUGGGAAAAAAUAUAAAUAUCUAAUUACUGUUCUCUCUAUGUUGCAGUAAAAGUUUUAAAACUAAUAGAUUGCAUGUUUGGUUUUGUUAUAUGCACUCUAGUGAAUUGAAUAUUCUUUUUCUGCAAGCAAACCAAUUACAAGCUUCAUUUUUGUCUGCUGCAAUGAGACUUUAUCAAAUCAAAUUUCACUGUCACAACUUUGUUGAACCAGCUUUUACAGUACAGCUAUAAAUGUUCUGUUGCUCUUGAGUAGAUUGUAAUGUUCCAGCUAUUUCUGUUAAGUAAGGACUUUUGGGGAUUUAUUCACUUUAUAAGGAAGAGAAGUCCAUAACUUGAGAUACCAAGUGAACUAUCAGUUUAUUCCAACCCAAAACAAUCGGCACUCAAACCUUUCUAUUGAAAAUAAGCUCUGGUUAUAGUUUUGAAUCUCACUUCUAGGCACCUACUUGUCAUUUAUUUUGUUUAGUCAUAAAGUGUUAACAAUCUUUUUUUUUAAUGCACAUUUCCUUUUAGAGAUAGUUUUGCCCAUUAUUGCAAUACUAGGAAUGAAAUGAAAUGCUAAUGUAAUCUGAAGAUGUUACGUGCAACAUUUCCUGAACACAGCUUGGGGAUAGUUUGAUUUUUCUACUGUUGCAGUCCAGUUAGCUGGAUUACAAAUUUACCUCUACAAAUAACCAGGAAAAUCUUAUUACUGGUACAGCACUGAAUUCCUGUACCACUAAUGAUAUUAAUGAUUUAGUGGUACAACUAAAAAAUUAUUUUCUGCUUAGGUUGUCUAUCAGUGGAUUAACUACCUAACUACUACUUAAGCUCAAAGUACAAAUCAAGUGUCUUGGAAAAAAAGGAGUGAAAAAGACUGAAACACUUUUAUUUUAUUUCUUCAUUGAUUGGCUAUAGUCUGUAAAAAUAUUACCUGCACAAAACAAUUAAAUGCAUUAAAGUCUUUUGCUCUUUUUCCCUAUUCCUUAUUUCUAUUUUCAUCUGUGAUAUUUUUCCAGAUAGUGUGUAUUAUUCAGAUUUUAUUCUUCUAAAAUUUCAUAGGUGUAUGUCAUCUAAAUUAUCAGUAACACAACUCAAAUCUAUCAGUAGGAGAUGUGAUACUGCUAAAUAGAGAAUAAGUCUUUCAUAAUGUGUUCGUUUUAGAGAAGUUAACGUCAAUGCCUGAGACAGCCAGUAGACUUCAUCUAAAUAAGAUUCUCAGUUUGUAUACUGACUGAGAUGCAUUUUGAUUUAACACUGCAGGCCAAAAGGGGCUGUUAUCUGUAAAAGGAUUAGCUGUCAGGUACUUGAAAAAAUGCCAAAUUGAUACAAGGACUUCUUGAAUGUACUUUACUAUAUAGCUAAUACCUAACUGAGACAAAAGCUUUUAGUCUGUGGGAGUCUUCUGCAUUGAUGAAACUGCUAUCAGAAGUAACCAUUCUUUCUUUAGGAGGGUGGAGAGUAAAGCAAGAAUGUCUGGGUGUUUCAGUCUGCUCCCUCCAAUUUUGAUUUCUGAAAUGUUUACUUAUUGUAAGUGUAUUUGAAUUGAAGUCUGUUGAGCUUGUUCUUUGUUAAAAAAAAAAAAAAGCUUUAUUCAUGUGUAACUUUGUAUGCUGAGUGACUGAGAGGGUUUAUGGCUGCUCUGUUUGAAGCCUUACUAGUAAUGCUGUUCCCAUUUUUCCAGCAGUGAAACAGUGUUUUUGUGACUUCUGAUGAACAACAGGUAUCUGACCUUAACUUGCUAGCAAAACCUGUUACCUGUCCAAUAGCAGGAUACUUGCCAGGGAGAACCGUGUGUCUCUCUUUGUAGUUGCUGCCAAAAGGGAAGAAUACAUGGAAAUCACGUGGUGUUGAGAAGGUGUGACCUGAGCAAGCUUUCUGGGUAUGUUGUGCCUCGCUUUCUUACCAAGUACUACCGGGAGCUGUCUGCACAGAGUGCUUUUCCAGCUUCUUUGCUGCAGACCCUCUUAGGGAUUUGGGGAUCAGUUUCCUCAGGGCUUUCUGAACAGUAGCUAAGAAAAUAAAGUAUUUCUUCCUAA